CCUACAUCAGCUGCUUUAGUAAACAAACGACAAUACAUGUGAUUUUCGAAACGCUAUACAACAUUUCUACAUCUGUCAGAAAUUAGGUCGCAGUACCAAUGGCUGAAGGAUGUCAGAAUGCUGAUACCAAUGAUGAUAAGUUCAAACCACUAUUUAAAUAUUACAAAAGAAGGCAGCCUCCUCCUGACUUCAGCAAUGUCCUUCAGGUUGGGGCCUUGAAGGCUGAAGAGCAGAUACCACCAUGUAGUCUCACUCCAGAGGAGCAAGAACAAGCCAAGGAGGUUGGGCUUGUGCCAUAUUCAACAUGGAAAAUUUAUGCACUGGAGUCUCAUCCAGGAUUGAUGAUCAUAUUAAAUCCGUUUACAAGUCAAGGUCAGCAGGAAUGGAUUAAAAGGUGUUUGAUGUAUUAUCCUUGCUCACCAAACAAAACAAACUUAAUAUCCCAUGGUAUUGAUCUGGGAAGUGCUUCGUGGUGGGAUCUUGCCCAUUCACCUGAAGGAGAACAGCAAGGAGUACAGAAGAUGUUGCGAUGGGUGACCCUCGGUUACCAUCACAAUUGGGAUACCAAAGAAUAUAGUGAAGAUAUGAAGGGAGAUAUACCCCUUUCUCUACAGAUACUGUGCAGAAUAGUAGCAAAAGUGGUUGGAUUUGAUAGUUUUCGAGCAGAAGCAGCCAUUGUAA